CUCACACACACACACACACACACACACACACACACACACACACACACACACACACACACACACACACACACACACACACACACACACACACACACACACACACACACACACACACACACACACACACACAGUUCUACAUACAUUUGUGUGGCUGAAUUUUUGGACUGCCACCCCUUCCCCCAUGAAACAGACCCCCCAUGACACGGGUUAGCAUUAACAUAGUAGCAUCUACAGAAGGCCAGGCACCACUCUGAUGAAUAUGGAGGAACAAGGGACCACUAAACAAGAUGCUUCUCCUGAAUAGACCCCUCCUCCAUGACAUGGUGACACGUGCUAGCAAAGUAUCCCCAUUCAUAACAUCUAUAGUGUGGACUACAGUAGACCCUUAACAGCUUCCCCCAAUAGACCCCCCAUGACAGGGACUAGUAGGACAGUAGACUAGCCCCCCCUCCCCAUAUGCUACUGUAUGACUAUGUGGAACUGGUCAACAGAGGCCAUUGUUUGGGUGCUACCCUCAACAGACACCACGGCACCGUGACCCCCUCCCUGUUCCCUCAUCGAGUGUCAGUGUGUCCAGUGUAGUGAGCAGUAAUAUUUGAUAUGUGUAUAUACAGUAUAUAUCAGUGGAGGCUGCUGAGGGGAGGACGAUGAAUAACAAUGGCUGGAACGGAGUGAAUGGAAUGGCAUCAACCCACGUGUUUUAAUGUCUCUGAUACCAUUCCUCCUAUUCUACUCCAGCCAUUACCACGAGCCCACCUCCCUAAUUAAGGUGCCACCAACCUCCUGUGGCAUAUAUACCUCACAUGCAACUCAUAACAAGACUAAGCAAUGUUUAUCUCACUCCAUAAAGAUCAUUAAAAUAUACAAGCAAGCAUUAGGCAAUGAGUUAAUGUAGACUAGCAAGAAUUGGUCUGAGAAUUGUACACUACACAAGUGUUAGCUGAGGGGUUGAAUGAACUACGGACAUCACAGCAUCAGACCUCUUGACUUGUUCGCCUUUAAUGUUCAGUGCAGCAAAGUCUACAUUUACUCAACAAAGUGCCAUUAUCAAAUCACAUUCAUUAACGUCAGGGUCAGAGUUCAAUGCAAUGAUUUCUGUCGACAAAUCACAGAAGCAAACGCAACACUUAAGGGAAGCGGGUGAGAGGAGAAGAGAACGGGUAAUAUUGCUGUACUCCACUAACUCUUAGCCUCUCUCCCCUCCCCCACACACUCUCCCAGUCAGAUUUAGGAAGCACAAAGUCAUGGUAAGUUGCUUUUAUAUUUCAUAUUUUAUUUAUUUGCAGAGGAAAAAUGCACAACGGCCCCCCCCCCGCAGAGCAACUCCACUAACAGUCCCAUGUUUACCGUGCAAUAAAGUCGGCAUUUUGUGUCAACACUGUGCACUGUGAUUGGUUAACAUCAGCAUGAAAUGAACUCUGGAUUGAUUCGGUUCAGUUCCAGUUCUAGAAGGUUUGGCAGAAUCACGACUCUUUGGAGGUGAUGCGUACACAUUACAUUUGUGAUAGAUACACAUACAUUUAGGCGAGUCAUAGAAGAAAUAUCAUGGUGGGUCGCAGUCAAGUCACUAGUUUAGGUCUCAGUCAAGUCAGUAGUUUAGGUCCCAGUCAAGUCAGUAGUUUAGGUCCCAGUCAAGUCAGUAGUUUAGGUCCCAGUCAAGUCAGUAGUUUAGGUCCCAGUCAAGUCAGUAGUUUAGGUCCCAGUCAAGUCAAUAGUUUAGGUCCCAGUCAAGUCAGUAGUUUAGGUCCCAGUCAAGUCAAUAGUUUAGGUCCCAGUCAAGUCAAUAGUUUAGGUCCCAGUCAAGUCAGUAGUUUAGGUCCCAGUCAAGUCAGUAGUUUAGGUCCCAGUCAAGUCAAUAGUUUAGGUCCCAGUCAAGUCAAUAGUUUAGGUCCCAGUCAAGUCAGUAGUUUAGGUCCCAGUCAAGUCAGUAGUUUAGGUCCCAGUCAAGUCAAUAGUUUAGGUCCCAGUCAAGUCAGUAGUUUAGGUCCCAGUCAAGUCAGUAGUUUAGGUCCCAGUCAAGUCAAUAGUUUAGGUCCCAGUCAAGUCACUAGUUUAGGUCCCAGUCAAGUCAGUAGUUUAGGUCCCAGUCAAGUCAGUAGUUUAGGUCCCAGUCAAGUCACUAGUUUAGGUCCCAGUCAAGUCAAUAGUUUAGGUCCCAGUCAAGUCAGUAGUUUAGGUCCCAGUCAAGUUACUAGUUUAGGUCCCAGUCAAGUCAGUAGUUUAGGUCCCAGUCAAGUCAAUAGUUUAGGUCCUUCUUUUCAAGAUGUCCUAUCUGUGCCUUUGCUAGCGUCACACUCCCCCUCUCUUUCACACACAGCCAAGCAAGCAAAACAAACAAACAUACAUGCAGCCAUAUGUAAGUUAUCCUGUGCAUUAUCAAUACAUACAUAUGUAUAUAUAUAUAUUACAAAAUAUAUGUCACCCUCUCUGUGCUAUAUAAUGGUUGGUUGAUUGAUACUUAAUAUUUGUUCAGUAGCUUCUCCAUCACCUCCAAUACGUCUCAGUAUAAUGUCUGGACAUAAGCUUCUGGCCUCCAGGUUUUACACUGAAGGGGAUUUUGCAUAAUUUGACAGUUGUUCAUCUUUCAUAUGGACUAUGUUCUCUAUAUAUCAUUGAAACCUGCAUAGUACGUGUGUAUACUGGUUUUGUAUGUACAGGAUAAUAUCAGUACACCGAGAAACAACUUUUAAAAACCAUACAAUAUAUUUGAUUGCGUCCCCGUGUGCACACUAGAUCUUUUCAUUUAUGAGUUAAACUUAAAAUGAUUGUGGAUGGAUUAUGUUCAACAUAAAGACAGACAGUUGGAAGAAUGAUACGAGUGUUCAUGAACGUGGAUUGUAGGUGAUUACGGGGUGAUUUUCGCGCCAAAAUAAAUUGAAUCGGAAUUCAAUUUCUUUUGGCACUAAAAUGACUCCAUAAAAGGAGUCCGCCACUUCAAUCAGUUUAACAAGACAUGGAAAUGAAAAAUAAA